AUGGAGCUGGUGGUCGCCGUAGCCGUCAGCGUGCUGACGAUUAUCUUCCUCGGUUCGAUCAUCGCGCUGAUCCUGAUCUGCCGUCAGCGACUGUGCAACCACGACAUGGACACGAAGCCGAUCCUGAAGUACUCGAAGGACGAGCUGGUGACAACCGCGUCUGGCAGUGACGACGAGUUCCGCAUCGAAGAGGUGACUCAGCUGAGUCCGAAUAUAGGUAUAAAUCAUGUGUUUUGUUCUAACGUUGACGGACGUCCGCGAGGGUCGUAAAU